AUGGGAGCCUCUUUCAUAGCUUAUGGACUUGCAUCAGAGUUUCUUUACACAUUAGCUUUGAUGAUUAUGACGAAGAAAGAGCAUCGUCAUUUGUCCUGCUACAAGAUUAUGAUAUCGUUGGGUGUCUACGAUAUGGCAGCGAUUGCUAUAAAUUCAUUGGCAACAGGAUAUCUAUGGAUAAGAGGUGCCAAUUACUGUACAAACCCUACAUCUAUUUACGCGCUUGGAGCAAUUGGGCUUGGUAAGUCCUGCAUAAAAAUUUUUGCGAGUCUAUCACUGACAUGAAU